AUGAGGUUAGUAUUAAGCAUAACUGCUAUGAAGCAGUGGAAACUGUGCCAACUUGAUGUCAAGAACGCCUUUCUACAUGGCGAUCUUGAAGAAGAAGUUUUUAUGAAACAGCCUCCUGGUUUUGAAGAUUCUACUCAUCCACAGUUUGUAUUCAAAUUGAAAAAAUCUUUGUAUAGUCUUAAACAGGCUCCAAGGGCAUGGAAUGCCAAAUUUACAGGUUCUAGUGAUCAGUUGAUUCAAAGAGUGGUUACAGACUUAAGUGAGGUGUUUGAAAUGAAAGAUAUGAGGCAACUCACCUUUUUCUUAGGUCUGCAUAUUUCCUAUAAUUCCUCUGGUGACAUUUUUUUGAGUCAAACUAAGUAUGCCAAGGAUCUACUACAUAAAGCCGGCAUGAGUUCAUGUAGAGCAUGUGCAACGCCUUGUAAGCCACACACUCAAAUGUUACAGACUGAUGGUGAGCCCUUGGCAGAUCCUACUAUGUUUCGCAGUCUAGUAGGUGCUCUACAGUAUCUAACAUUUACAAGACCUGAUCUGGCCUAUGCUGUGAAUCAUGCAGGGGAUAUCAAUACUAGAAGGUCUACAACCGAAUAUGUAGUAUUCUUGGGUAGUAAUCCUAUCUCCUGGCAAUCCAAGAAGCAAGGUUCUGUGUUUAGGAGUUCCACAGAGGCAGAAUACAUGGCCCUAGCAAACACAGCUGCUGACUUGUCAUGGAUUCGACAGGUUCUCUUGGAUUUGAAGAUGUUUCUGCCAGAUUCUCCUAUUAUGUACUGUGACAACUUAUCAGCACUGACUUUAAGCUCAAAUCCAGUAUACCACUCUCGAAUUAAGCAUUUGGAUAUAGACUUCCACUUUGUGAGAGAGAAGGUACAAAGAAAGGAUCUUAUUGUGUAA